GCCGCAGGUACGAGCGGAGCGGAGGAGAGCGGCCGGGCCGGCGCGGCCAUGGGGAAGGUGCAGCUCUUCGAGAUCCGCCUGGGCGACAGCCGCGUCGUCUACAGCCCCGGCGAGCCGCUGGCCGGCACCGUCACCGUGCGGCUCUCGGGCUCGCUGCAGUACCGAGCCAUCAAGGUGAGCUGCAUUGGAUCCUGUGGAGUGUCCAACAAGAUCAAUGACACAGCCUGGACUGUGGAGGAGCAGUACUUCAACAGCACGCUGUCCCUGGCAGACAAAGGGGUCCUGACAGCUGGAGAGCACAACUUUCCCUUCCAGUUCCUGCUGCCAGCUUCUGCUCCUACAUCAUUUGAAGGCCCUUUUGGCAAGGUCCUGCAUCAGGUGAAAGCUGUGAUAGACACACCUCGCUUCUCCAAGGACUACAAAUGCAACAAGAUCUUCUACGUUCUCUGCCCUCUCAACCUGAACGACAUCCCUGACAUCGAGCAGCCCAACACCAUGUCCAUCACCAAGAAGUUCAACUACAAGCUUGUGAAAAGUGGCAACAUCAUCCUGACAGCCACAUCUGAUCUGAAGGGCUACAUCGUGGGCCAGGCCAUCCAGCUCCGCACGGACAUUGAGAACAAGUCCGGCCGCGACACCGGCGCUGUGGUGGCCAGUCUGCUCCAGAAAGUGGCCUACAAAUCCAAGCGCUGGAUCUACGACCUGAGGACCAUCGCCGAGGUGGAAGGCUCAGGGGUGAAAGCCUGGAAACACGCAGAAUGGAAGGAGCAGAUCCUGGUUCCAGCACUGCCCCAGUCCAUUCUGCAGGGCUGCAGCCUCAUUCACAUCGACUACUACAUCCAGGUUUCCCUCAAGUCUCCAGAGGUUUCUGUCACUCUCCCCAUCUACAUUGGAAACAUUGCUGUGAACAGGGUCCCGCUGAGCCCCUCCCGCUCCAUCCAGCACAUCCCAUCUGUGGUGGUCCCCAGUGCCCCCCCAGAGGAAGAGGAGGCUGCCAGUGGCUAUCACCCAAUGGACAAUGUCUCCAUCCCCACCAAAAGCCAUUCCCAGCAGCAGCCCUUCAGCUACGCCCCAGGACUGAGCUUCCAGGAGAUUCGGGCGGACUCGGAGCAGACGGGCUCCCCAAACCACCCCACACUCUGCCUGUCCACGGGGGCCACUGUCCCCUACUAUGCUGAGGGGAACGUGGUGCCUGUCCCCACAGCCAGCUCACUCAUCCUGCCCCCAGAGUACAGCACGUGGGGAUACCCCUAUGAGGCACCUCCAUCCUACGAGCAGAGCUGCAGCAGUGCCAACUCCAGCAUCAGCAACGGCAAUUAGCCCUCCCCUGCUCCGACCCCGCUGGCACUGCCUACCCUGGCACCACGGGGCACCCGCCUGUGGCACAGUCUGGUACAGCACAAGGCGUCUUCUUGUCUCUCUGGCUGCUUUGGGGGGGAGCUGCCACAUCCCAGCCUGGGCUUUUGAAGUCUCUUUCUAGGGAGGGGGUAAAAAAACCAAAAAGGGCAGCCAGAGCAGCCUGUAGGAGAGGUCAGGGAAACUGAACAGUCUCCUGCUGCUGCAGCCAGUGCUGGAGAGCUGGAUGUGGCCCUGUGCCCUGGGAGCAGCCUGUCCCAGUACUGUAGUCAACACUAACUGCUUUUCUAUCAAAGCACCUGCGAUGCCUUAUCUGAAACGCUCCUGACUUGGCACAGCCCCACUCUAAGGGAAGGCUGGGCUGUGUGGACUUGCUCUCCUCUUUUAGGGGCUGUGUGCUCUCCACAAAUGGUUUUGACAGCCCUUCCUCCUUUGUCCUCAGAGGUCCUAAGGGUAGCAGGAGGUUUCUUGGAGUAAGCAGGUUCGGAAGGUCAGGGACUUUACAAAAGCCAAAAGCACAAGCCCUCGCUGUACCUGAGCUGUGGGGGAAGUGAUGGCAGUGUGAGUGGCCAUGGGCACAGGGGGGCUCGUGGGGACACUUGCUGAUAAGCCCUGGUGAUCUCUGGGGAAGAUCCUGGUGUGGGAUGGGGUGCCCUUUUCCCCACAGGGCCCACCCUUGCUCAGUGCUGGGCCCUGGCACACAGGACAGCAGCACUGGUCACUCUGGAGCAGGGGGACCACACUCCAUGUCCCUGCAGGGUGCCCUCUCCUCCCAGGCUGCAGUUAAGUGACCAUCAAUCACAAAAGUCUGUCUGAUGCUACCUCUGAGUGUGCCCAGGGGCCCUGCCCUUGGGAUCCCUUCCCUCUGGGUCCCUCUGCUUGGGGCUGUCCCUGGGAGUGGCUGUCCCUGCCCGGGCCAGGGGCCUGUGGUGGCACUGGUUUGCUGUGUGUCCCCUGGGCCUGAGCAGAAUGUGACAAUGAACACAACCCGUGGGGAGCUGCAGCCUCUGCUGCACCUGGCAGUCAGGGGAACGAGCUGGGUUUUCUUGCAAAAAGUUUUUCUUUUGUGCUUUUUCCCCCCACACACCUUGUUUAGCUUGUUUAGCACUGACUGCCCAAGCUGAGGAAACCACAAGCCUCAUCCCUCAGAGCCACAGGUGCCCAGCCAGGCUGGAGUUGUGGCCCCCAGACCUUUGGCACCUCAGAGCUGGUCCCCACACAGCCCCAGGCUGGGCAGGCAAUACCUGACAGACCUUUAGGAGCAUUUCCAGCUGCUGCCUCCUUGCUCAGCCACCUCUGCACACCCUUCAGGCAGCUGGGACAGGCCCUGCUUUGCACUCUUUCUUUGCAAAUGCUUUUUUAUUUUAUUUUUUUUUAAGCAUUGAACUGCUUUAAGGGUAGUGUAGCAAAGGUGCCGUUCUGAGCAGUGCUGGCACAAGAUGCACCAAUGAUGAUAGAGUGAUUGUCAUUGUCCCUGAAUAUAUAUAAAUAUAUAUAUAUAUAUGAGAUGAAGUUGUUUUUAAUGAUUGAAUUCAGAAAUACAAAUUUUAAUGCUGUAUUUAAUAAAUUAUUCUAUGAGAAAUGCUGUGCUUUUUCAUCCAUUUCUGAUGCUGAUCCAUGUGCCUGUUCAUGCCAAAUCAGGAAUGCACCUUGCUGAUUUCUUACAAAAUGAAGUUUUUUUGCUGUCACCAGGAAGGGUGGUGAACUCUGCCAAGGCAGCUUGGGGAAAACAAACACGGUGUGGCCUGUCCACAGUGCCAGGCUCAAAAUUCCCCAUGGCUGGAGGGAAUUUGGCACCACGUGGGCUUGGCUCUGGAGAGAGCAGCCACUGCCCUGCUGCUUCCCAGGCCCUGUGUCCUGAAGCCAGGAUUUGUCCAAGUGGCCCAGGAGUCCUGGGCAGUGCUCACUGCUGGCAGGGGAGGAGGGGGAGAGCAGACUCUGCCUUUAGGAGGAUGGAGGUGGCAUAGCCAAGGUGUGGCUGGAAGGGCUGGAGACCACCAGCCCCAGCUCCUAAAGAGCCAUUUGGAAUAAACUUGUUGAAAGUGGAAGAAGGCUCCUCCCCACAGCCCACUUUGGUCAUCCCAUGGCUGAAGCAUGCAGGCACUGCCUCAGUGUUGUCACUGCAGGUAGCCUGGGGUGUGAUCUGUGUCUCAGACACAAAGAUCCUUCUUCAUUCUCUUCUCAGCUUAUGCUUCUGCCCAGCUCCAUGGUUCAGACUCUCCUUUGUUGGGUGGUCCAGCCUGCCAUGAGCAGCAUUCUUCAUCACAAUGGGCCAAAGGCAGGUACAGCUCUUCCCAGUGCUCUUCCUCUUCCUCCCACUUGGCUGAACCUGUCUUGCCUGGCUCAGUCUGCAGCUCCCAUGGCCUUCCUUGCUGUUGGCUGUGCAAACCCUGGAACCCAAAUCCCUUCCACACCCCUGGAAAAAUUCCUGUGAGCUGUCAAUGAUUCUGGACCUGCUGGGUUGGGCUGCAGGCUCCUGACCCAGCUGGGCUCUGGGAGAGGCAGAGAAGGCUGGGAACAGGACUGGUUUCCCAGCUCCUUCCCAUCCCUGGGGCUGAGCUGCUGCUGACACAUUCAGCCCAUGUUCCUUGGCUGGAAAAUGGGAUUUCUGUUUGGUUGCUGUGGCCAGAGCCACUGGGCUGUUUUUGGCCAGACUCCCAGCCAGCAGCUGUCCUCCUUGUUCCACCUUUGUUUUGGGAAUGUCCUUGUUCCACCUUUGUUUGGGAAUGGCCCAUCCAUGGUGGAGGCUGUGGAGGAGGGAGCCCCCGCCCAGCCCGUGCUGUGCCCUGUCUCUGCAGUGCUCCUGUGCACCUCAGCUUGCUCUCCCAAAUUAUAUUUGCUACAAACUGGUCUUUGGGACCUCCUGCUGUACACUUUGCAAAGCAGGGAGCAAAUGGGGACACUCUUGUCUGGUGAGGAGUGUCCAUCACCAGCAGCUGCUGUGGAGGGAGCAGGAAUGGGCUGGAGCUACACCUCAGGGUGGUCUCCAUCCUUUUGGAGGCCAGGGCUGCUCCCCAGCCCAGCUGCUGUGCAGGGGCCCCUGUGAGUCGGGGUGCAGCAGCCAUCAGCCAGGGCUGUCCCUGAGCAGCCUCGUUGUGCAGGAGAAUUGACAUUACAAGUGACAAUCAGUGCUUUGCACCCCUCCUGCCCUGCCUUGGCUGUGCAGGGAAGUGAAGCCUGACCCAAAGAGCCUGGCUCAUGUUUUGUGGAGCCCUUUGAAAUGCAGGGUGGAGGGGUUGGUCCAGCUCUCCUUGAACCCCCCUGCAGGGGUGGCACUGUCAGCAGGUCCUUGGAGAGGGCUUUGGAUGCGGGGCAAACCCCGUGUUUGGUUUGGAUUUGGGGCUGAGUUUGGACUCGCCCUCUCCAGAGAGGAUCAGCCCCUCUGUUCUCUGUCCACAGCCUCUUCAGCUUCCACCUCUUGGGGAGCUCCUUUAGGCCCUUGAUCAUCCUUCCCUCCUCUUGCUGAACACUGAAAUAAAGAGGAAAAAAGCCCAUUUUUCUGAUCACAACUCUGGGGGAAAAACUUCAGCAUGUAGGGAUUCAUUCUAAUUCCUGGCUCAGUUUUUUAUAGCAAUUGUUUUUGAGUUUGUUUGAAAUGGGGAGGGGGAGCAGUGGGGCACGAGAGAAGCUUGUGAGUUAAUUGUUUCCAAACUCAGUGUCCAAUUGAAAACACCAAAAAUAUAAUCAGCUCUUUUUUUUUCCUUGCUACUUUUAUGUCCUUCAUGGUUUUGUUCUUUUCCUGCUCUCCACGUGUUCCACCUCCAUACCUUUGGCUUUGUCAGUGUUGUUUGUGUCCUAAACUAAACUCUGCUUUGGCAUCUGCUGUCCCACUGCCUGCAGGAGAUGGGGAAAGGGGAGUUGGGGGAUGCAAAGGCUCUUCUUUCUUUUUGACAAUGAUUCUUUUUUAGCUUUCCACUGAACUUCCAGGAGUUUUGUAAAAAUAAAUAUUUUCUGCUAGGACAUUUUGCUGUUGAGCCAGCACAAGACAGGAGAUACAGGGUGUUCUAGGCUCCAUUUGGGUUUUAUUCUAUAUUCUAAAAUAUUUGCAACUAUCUGCAACAGGAAUGUCCCAUCCCUCCUCCCCAAGAGAGACUGGCAGGGUAAAACCCACAAAACUUGUGCCCUUUCUUGUACCACUACUCGUGGCUGUAAUUCUUUAUUCCUGUGGUUUUCUUUACAGAUUUUGGGGUUUUAUACAACAAUUUGUGAUGGCUCUGUACAACCUAAGACUUCUGUGCAAUUUAUAACUGGGUUUUGAAAUGUAAACUUGCAGUUUUCCAUGUUUACCACGGCUUCUGGGGAGUAUUUUUGUCCUGGGUUUUAACCCCCCAAAUGUAAAGAACUGGAAAAAUGUAAAUAAAGAUGAUCUUUUUUAAGACCAA